UUAAAAUACCAUCAAAAAUGAAGCUAAUCACGGAACGCUCGUCGAAGACAAUUCAAGAAAGCGAAAAUCAUUUCAAUUAUGCAGUGCAAGUGACUCGCGUUAUUCUACGGAUGAUCGGUGUAUGGCCGAUCCCGAAAUUCGCAUCCAACGCGGAAAAAAUUGCGAUUCGAUUGCAGAAUGUUAUUUGCUAUUUUUUAUUUGCGUUUAUUAUCGUGCCUGGUCUUUUAUUAAUAUUUCUGAAAGAACGCGAUGUUAAACGGAAGGUCAGGUUAAUAGGACCCCUUCUGAACUGUUGGAUGGGUUGCAUGAAGUACAGUCUAUUCAUUUAUCACGCGAAAAAAAUUCAAUCGUGCCUAGAACAGAUACAACAGGAUUGGCAGAGCACCGUCAAUUGGAAUGAUCGACAAGCGAUGCUAUCCAAGGCGAGAAUAGGCCGAAAGUUCGCCAUCUUCUCCGCUGCCUUCAUGUACAUCGGCGGGCUAUCUUACCGUAGCAUCGUACCACUCUCGAAAGGACGAAUGUUAACACCGAUGAAUACUACGGUAAGAGUUCUCUCGUGCCCCAGUUACUUUGUCAAAUUCGACGAACAAGCCUCGCCGGCGUAUGAGAUCGUAUUUACCCUGCAAUUCUUCGCGGGGUUUCUCACCUAUUCGAUGACAUGCGGCGUGGCCGGAUUAGCGGCAUUUUUUAUUAUGCAUGUUUGCGGACAGCUGAGUGUCUUGAUCGGCAAACUGCAGCAACUUAAUGACAUGGCGGAGCCCGAGGAUCGAACUAUUGCGACUUUGUUGGCCAAUAUUGUGGAACAUCAAAUAAAAGUAAAAAAUUUUUUGAAACAAGUAGAGGGAGCUAUGCAAUUCAUAUGGUUAAUGGAAAUAGUAGGAUCUACUAUUCUCUUAUGUCUCGUCGGAUAUUAUGUUAUUAUGGACUGGGAAAGUAGUGAUUCUACAGCUAUGUUAACUAUGUUUGUGGUGCUCAUAUCUUUUACUAUUUCCAUUUUUACUAAUUGUUAUGUUGGUCAACUUUUGACAGAUCAGAGCAUCAAGGUUGGAUUGAUAACAUCUACGAUAAAUUGGUAUUGUCUUUCGUAUAGAAGGGCUCGUUCUUUAAUCCUGAUAAUGGCAAUUUCUAAUAUUCCGAUAAAAAUCUCUGCAGGUGGAAUGAUGGAAAUGUCUCUACCCACAUUCAGUAACGUGAAUAUAAAGCAAUAUUUACACAACGCUAAAUAUGAGGACGACAUAAGAUAUACCGUGCAAGUGCAUAGGCUAAUCUUAGGAUUGAUCGGCGUGUGGCCUAUUUUCAAAAAAUCUCGUCUUCAAAAGAGAUUUUUAAAAGGAUUUGUCCGAGCAAUGUGUUGCUUACUGCUGUCCUUCAAUCUAAUACCGUGGGCUUUGUACAUGUUUCUGAUCUUGGAUACGUUCAAGAGCAGAUUGAAGAUGACCGGCGCGCUUUGUUUUUAUAUUAUGGUGCCUACUAUGUAUUGCACCCUUAUAUUACGAGAAGAUAGCAUCAGAAAAUGCAUGAAACAUAUGGAGAAGGACUGGCAAAAUGUGAAAGAUGAGAACGAUCGUAAAAUUAUGCUGGAUCGGGCGAAAGCCGGACGUUUCAUUUUGAUUUGCGCUACGCUAUUUCUAUUCGCCAGCGGCUUUACUUAUCGUCUAAUACAGCCGAUAUUUCGCGGCAAGAUCAUCGUCAAUGGGAACGUCACUAUCAGGCCACUAGUUCAAGGCCAUUAUUAUAUCUUCUUCGAUCCGCAGCGCAGUCCCGCUUACGAAAUCGUGUUCUCGAUACAUUUACUGAUCGGUAUCUUCAUAUAUAUUAUUAUGGCGAGUGUUUGUGGCGUCACCGCAUUGUUUACCAUGCACGCUUGUGGACAACUCGAGAUGCUAAGCACUUGGCUGGAAAAUCUACUAAAUGAGCCUCAGUGGUCGCAGAGUCAUGUCAUUGCUCGAAGAUUGGCAGCGAUCAUCCUGCAUCAUAUAAGGAUACGUAGAUUUUUACAGCACAUACAACAUCUUAUAGGAGAAAUGUGUUUUAUCGAGAUUAUUGGUAGCACUUUAGUGUUGUGUCUGCUAGGAUAUUAUGUGAUAACGGGAUGGGAACAGAAUGAUGCACUUUCCUUUUUGACAUAUGCUAUAAUGCUCGUAUCUUUUACAUUCAAUAUUUUUAUAUUGUGUUACAUAGGGGAAAUUUUAAAUAUUCAGGCGAAUAAAGUUUAUAUAACUUGUUGCACACUCGAUUGGUAUUGGUUACCUAGUGAACAAGCUCGAUAUCUUAUCCUAAUAAUUGCAAUGGCUAAUUAUCCUACAAAACUCACGGCGGGUAAAGUGAUCGAUCUUUCAUUUAGCAGUUUCGGUGGUGUUAUCAAAACCGCGAUGGCAUAUUUAAAUUUGCUACGGACAGUCACUAUGUAAUCGCGUAAUAUUACAUUAUACAUAUUA